AUGGGAAAUCCUGGAGCUGCAGGGGCGGGUGGAGUUCUGAGAGACUCUAAGGGUGAUCUACUCAUGGCAUUCUCGGUUCAUCUUGGCACAGGAUCAAGUAAUUAUGCAGAAGUAAUGAGCUUAAUUCAUGGUCUACGGCGGAUUAAAAUGAUGGGUGUGGCCCACAUUGAUCUUGAAUCAGAUUCCAUGAUGGUGGUUAGAUGGCUGAAAGCAUCAAGAUGUGAAGUAUGGUAUCUUGAAGAAUUCUGGGAGGAGCUGAUGGAGAUGCUAAAAGAAAUUGAGUUUCAAGUCUCACACAUCUACCGGGAAGGAAACGUAGCAGCUGACUUCUUGGCACGUCUGGGGGCGAAGGGCUUAAAUAAACAAUGGCUCUCUCGGGACAUCCCUUCUAACCUGAGAGGAAUAUUACGGAUGGAUAAACUUGGUUUUCCUAGUCUCAGACCGCAACUUGAGUCAAUCUUUGUCAGUGCUAGUACUACGAAGCAACAACUUCAGCAGCAACAUCCCAAAAACAUGGGCCAUUUGCCAAGAUCUUUGGCCAACUGUACUAAGCAUGAGUAUCUUCAUGUUGGCCACAAUCAAAUCAACGAUACCUAUCCCUUUUGGUUGGGAACUCUUCAACAGUUGAAUAUUCUUGUUUUCCAUUCUAAUGGCUUCCACGAUGCAAUAAGGAGUCCAGAAACAAAUUACACACUCCCCAACUUGCAUAUCAUUGACCUCUCUGACAACCAUUUGUCUAGGAAUUUGCCUCCAGGAUACUUCACACAAUGGGAUGCCAUGAAAUCCGUUGGUGCAAAGAAUUUAAAAUACUUGGAUGAUUACUCUAUCGACUGUUCAAUUAUAAUAACAACAAAAGGUGUGGAGUUGGAAUAUAAGAAGAUCCAAGAUGGCCUCACAGUCAUAGAUUUCUCAUGCAACAGAUUUGAAGAAGAUAUUCUAGAAAGACUGGGGAAUCUAGUAGGACUUCUUGUCCUGAACCUUUCCAAUAAUGCUUUCACUGGUCAUAUCCCAUCAUCCUUUGCAAAUUUGACACAGCUAGAAUCAUUAGACCUUUCUCAAAACAAGUUGUUCGGAGAGAUACCUCCUGAUUUAACCCAUCUCAAUUUCCUUUCAAAAUUUAAUGUGUCACAUAAUUGCCUCAUUGGACUUAUACCGCACGGGCAACAGUUUGGAACAUUUGGAAAUACUUCAUUCGAAGAUAAUCGAGCACUGUGUGGAAGGCCCUUGUCCAAAAUCUAUGGAGAUUCUGACAAUUCGAUGCCUCCACCUUCAACCAACUUUGAAGAGAAUCAGGGUCCAAAAUUUUUCUUUGAAUUUGGUUGGAAAGCAGUUGUGAUGGGAUAUGGAUGUGGAUUCGUAUUUGGAGUUGUUAUCGGGCACAUUGUGAUAACCAGAAAGCAAGAUUGGGUUAUCAAGAUUUUUGGCAAGAAGCAACAUCAAACUCGAAUAAUGGUGAAUCAUAGGAAGUAG